AUGACAGCGCCCUCACCCACCAAACACAAGCCAAAGCCCGCGGGCACUCCGGGCAAAGGCAUCUCGCCAUCCGGCGUUCGUUCCCGCGCUCAGCUGAAUCGCCGCCAGUCAUUCACCUCACGCAAAGUAUCCUCGAAAAGCAGUCGCUUUGCACCUACCUCGUCCGAGCAGCCCUUACUGGGCGGCCUUACCUUCCUCGACAUCGUCUUCAUCGGCGUAGCAUACAGCGUCAACCUGCUCAAGACGCUAGGCCUCGCCGAGCUGGCGGAUAUAGCUUGGCAUGCGCUGCGCUACACCUUUACUGCGCUGCCCUUUGCCUUCUACCAGAGGUGGUCGCGCAGCCAAAGCCCAGCUCCUCGCGAAGACAGCGCCGUCUUGUCGUCAAGCGAGGACGACAUCCUCGAUGAAAAGAAGAAGCAGCGUCCUUCCCCCAUCGAGCAGAGCCCUGCGCAGCUCUCCCCUUUCCACCACCUCGUCAUCCUCCUCACCCGCUUUGCAUGCUCUCAUUUCCCUCACCUCCUCCCGCGAGUCCUGUUCGCCGAGGAGACGAUGCUUCCAUUCGUCGGCUGGAGGACAGGCGGGGCCAGCUGGGGCUUGAUGCGCGAGAUGGUCGGCGAAGAGUGGAAGGCGGUAUGGCUGGGUGACGAUGCGUAUAUGAGCGAAGAAGCGCGAAGAGAAGAGGUAGGCGCCAGGAAAACAACGACGCUCUUCUACCUGCACGGCGGCGGCUUCUCGCUAGGCAGCGUAUCCUUCUACGCCGAAGCCCUGCUGCGGGUGCUCAACAAAAUCGCAUUCAUCGAGGGUCCCGACACAGCACGAGCGAGGUGCAUCGCCGUGGAGUACGACCUCAGUCCAAGCGCAAGGUUCCCACAACCCCUCUUGCAAUGUCUGCGCUGCUAUGCUCACCUCGUUGAAGUUGAAAAGAUGGACCCGCGCUACAUCACCUUCGCGGGCGACUCUGCGGGAGGCAAUCUGGCAAUGAGCAUGCUCCUCGUCCUCUCGGGCCAGGCGAAAGAUCAGACGGCUCUGGCUGAGCGCGACUGGUCGCAACUCCCUAUGCCGGGCAAGGCGCUCCUCAUCAGCCCGUGGUGCGAUCUACGACCCAAGCAAGCGCACGCCUUUGCCAGCCUGCGCGACGAUGUCAAGGAGCAGCGGAAGAGUGGCGCUAAACGCGAGGACAAGAAGCGCCGCGACGCGCAGCAGAGCGCAACGCUCGCCGACUCGAUGGUGUCGUACGACUGGGACUACGUCGCCUCCGAAACGCUUCUACACUUCGCCCAAGUCUACGCCGGAGUCCUCCCCGAGCCACGCCGCGUAGCAGGACCACUCGGCUGGCUCUCGCACCUCUGCGGCGUGCUGGGCCAAGGAGUCGAGGCGGAACGCUCCAAGCCCUCCUCCAGGUCAACGCGGGGUCGCAAGCGUAAGCGCGGGAUGCGAGUGAUGGACCCAGCGCGACGACUGGCUACGGCUGUCAAUGAGCUCCUGGAGCGUCCCCUCUUCGAAAGACUCAAGGCUGCCGUCCCCGACUCCACAGCCCUCUCACAGAGCUCGCAUGCCGACGCCGCCCUCGCUACUCCUGUACCUAGCUUCAGCGCCGGUCUGCAACCCCUCUUCACCCCGCGCGAUCGCACCACGCGCAAGGUCCUCUCCACCGCUCAGCUGCACGACCCGCCUUCCACGCCUUCCUCCCUAGACUCCAACAUCCUCCUCUCCCCCAUCCUCGGCGACUGGACACAAGUCCACCUCGCAGGCGGCGCCCUCGUCACCUGGGGCGAACGCGAACGUCUCUCGGCGGAUAUCGAGUCGUGGGUCGAGCAGGUGCACAGCGGCAUGACCCCCGACGAGCUGCGCGCCGGCUACGUCGAGGACGAUCAGCCGCGCCAGGAUGGGCACAAAGAGCUGGAAUUGCGCGAGAGGAAAGAGAGGGGAAAGUGGUUGAAGGCAGUCGUAGAGCAUGGACCGGGAGGUGUACAUGCCUGGCCGUUCGUCUCGAUGUACCUUGCCGGGACGGAGGAGGAGCGCGAGAGGGGGUUGGAGACGCUUGCGAGAUUUGUGGCUGCGGAGAAGCGCGUGGAGCACGAGGAGCGCGAAGAGGAGGAGGAGGAGGAGGGGUACUUUGAUCAGGGAGGGGCGUUUGGCUCUGGCAUGAGCAGCCCGACAUUCACUAGCGGGGAUGCUCGCAUCGCAGCAGCCGGACGCCGUUUUACCGACGAAGAGUACCAGGAGGCUCUGGGAUUGGGUGUGACGCUCGGAGGGAGCAGGCCGGCCCUCUCGCUCAGCACUACGCCCACCACCCCUUCGUCUGCCUCUCGCACGCCAACUCGCACUCCAAUGUCCGUCACACCUCCUACGACUACGCCCGGCUCUCCUAGCGAGUAUGCGCGCGCCUCGCCACGCUCACGGCGCAUUGAGUCGGGCGAACCAGCGAGGGGGAGGAGGCUGGGAGACUCUCGCCCACUAUGGUGGACAACGACGCAAGCCGCGCCGCCCGCGGAGCAGGGCAGUUCGGAGGUGAGCAUCAGCACGGCGGAGGUGGAUGAAGAAGACGAGGAGGACGGCGACGAAGACGACGAGCUCGAGGAGGAAGCAGAAGAAGAAGAGCGCAUCCCACCAGCACCUUUGCAUCCAUCCGACUUCGGCCUCUCCUACGCACCCUUGCGCCGCGACGCAGAGGGGUUGAGCGAUAUCGCUGAAGAGGCUAGCGUGUUAUCCGCCUCGCCCUCCCUCUCGCCACAGCGAGGCGGGCAAGAAGAAGAACAAGGCGGAGACGACGACGACGACGACGACGCGGAUUCGCUCUUCUCGCCUCAGACCCGACACUACAUCCGACUCGAGGCGGAGAGACAGCUUGCGAGGGAAAGUGCUGCGGAGCACGGCACACAGGACAACAGUAGAGGGUCCCGCGAUGCGUGGUGGGCGUGA